CGGAAGUGGGGCCACCGGAGAAGCCCGCCACGGGCAUAGUCCUACGUCAACAUUUUACGUUUAAGUACACUCCGAGUCUCUUGGCUAGCUUUUAUAAUUAUACAUUGACACGCUAAAUAAUUAUACAUUGACACGCUAGCUACACUAUCUAUUUAUUUUUUCUUUCAUCCCGUUUAUGGAUUUCUUGGAGAUACUAUCAUGGGCCUGCAUCGUGUUUACAGUCGGAAUGUUCUCGACUGGACUGGUCGAUGUACAGGUGAUGCGAAACUCCAUGAGCACUGACCAUAUCCAGUUCCUGCCUUAUCUCACCACGUGUGUAAACAACCUGGGCUGGCUAUACUAUGGGACACUGAAGAGUGACCAUACACUUAUUGUGGUCAACCUGAUUGGAGCUAUCCUGAACCUUUUGUACAUCUUGACAUACUUGACAUACACAGAACAAAAGAGGCAGGUGGUGUCCCGAAUCGUAGGAGGAGCAGUGCUGGCUACCAGCACUUGGUUGUACAUCGCCAAGAUUCUUCCACCUGGCGACAUGCAGCUCAACCAGCUCGGCCUGAUCUGCAGCGUGGCCACCAUCAGCGUGUAUCUGUCACCACUCACCGACCUGGUGGCCAUCGUGCGUAGUGGGAACAUCCAGUGCCUGUCCUUCUCUUUGACAGUGGCCACCUUCUUUACAUCCAUGUCCUGGUUCUUGUACGGUCUACAGCUGAAUGACUACUACAUUUUGGUGCCAAACCUGCCGGGAAUCUUCACCAGCUCCAUCAGGUUUUAUUUGUUCUGGAAGUUUUCAAAUCAGUCAGGUUCCUACAAGUCCAUGCUGAUAUGAUGAUGUUCUCAUAGUGAAGCGAAACAAAGACUGAUUGUUGUUGUGUUACGAGCGGCAAGAGUGUCUUCGUUCCAUAAGGUUACAUGAAAAAGCACUUAGUUUACCAGGAUGUAUUCAGGGAUACAUUCAAUGAUUUGUUGUUCCUGUGGGAUGUGGGAAAACCUAUUCCCUUAAUGUGCCUUCUGUUGGGUACGAAGGAGUAUUAAGGCUACAGUGAAAAAAUUUGAAUUUGAAUAAAGUGGUACUAAUAAUCUAAUUGAAAAAUAAAGAUGCAUUAAGUAAAUUAUAACUAAAUUAUUAGAAUAAAGUUGUAAUUUCUAUAGAAAAAAGACGUAAUCUUAGUAGAAUACAGUUGUGUUACACGAGAAUACAGUAAUAUUACAAGAAUAAAUGCAUGCUUUUGUGAAAUUACAAGAACAAAGUUGUUUUAUUAUGAAAAUAAAGACGUAUUUUCUUGGGUAAAACAAAUUAGAUUCUUUUUCUUAAGUUUUUAGAAUCUGAAUAAAGUCGUAAUAACAGUCUAAUAUUAGAAAAAAUUAAGAUGCACUAAGUAAAUUAUAACUAAGGUAUUAGAGUAAAGUUGUAAUUUCUAUAGAAAAAGUUGUAUUCUUAGUAGAAUAAAGUUGUGUUACACGAGAAUACUGUAAUAUUACAAAAAUAAAUGCAUGUUUUUGUGAAAUUACAAGAACAAAUUUGUUCUAUUACGAAAAUUACGUAGAUGUAAAAGACGUAUUUUCUUGGGUAAAACAAAUUAGAAUCUUUUUUUAAAACUUUUUAGAAUCUGAAUAAAGUCGUAAUAAUAGUCCAAUAUUAGAAAAAUAAAGAGGCAUUAAACAAUUUUUUUUUAUUUAAACGGGGAUAGCAGAUCCAUUCUAUGUGUCAUACUUGAUCAUUUCGCGAUAUUGCCAUAUUUUGCUGAAAGGAUUUAGUAGAGAACAUCGACGAUAAAGUUCGCAACGUUUGGUCGCUGAUAAAAAAAAGCCUUGCCUGUACCGGAAGUAGCGUGACGUCAAAGGUUGAAAGGCUCCUCACAUUUCCCCAUUGUUUUCAAUGCAGCGAGAGCGAUUCGGACCGAGAAAGCGACGAUUACCCCAUUAAUUUGAGCCAGGAUGAAAGAUUUGUGGAUGAGGUACGUGAGAGUGAAGGACUAGAGUGCAGUGCAGGACGCAUCUUUUUUCGCUCUGACCGUAACUUAGGUAAAAGGGCUCAUUGGAUUCCACACUUUCUCCUUUUUCUAUUGUGGAUCACGGAUUUGUAUUUUAAACCACCUCGGAUACUAUAUCCUCUUGAAAAUGAGAGUCGAGAACGCGAAAUGGACAUUCACAGUGACUUUUAUCUCCACGACAAUACAUCGGCGAGCUAACGUGAUAGCAUCGGGCUUAACUGCAUAUAAAAACAAAAUAAAUAAGCCCCUGACUGGAAGGAUAGACAGAAAAUCAACAAUACUAUUAAACCAUGGACCUGUAAAUACACGGUUAAUGCUUUCCAGCCUGGCGAAGUUUAACAUAGCUGUUGCUAACGACGCCAUUGAAGCUAACUUAGCAACGGGACCUCACAGAGCUAUGCUAAAAACAUUAGCUAUCGGCCUACGCCAGCCAGCCCUCAUCUGCUCACCAACACCCGUGCUCACCUGCGUUCCAGCGAUCGACGGUGCGACAAGGACUUCACCCGAUCACCGAUGCAGUCGGCGGCUAGCGUCGGAUAGCGCGUCUGCUAUCCACCUCAAAGUCCUCCUGGUUGUGUUGCUGCAGCCAGCCGCUAAUACACCGAUCCCACCUACAACUUUCUUCUUUGCAGUCUCCAUUUUUCAUUAAACAAAUUGCAAAAGAUUCACCAACACAGAUGUCCAGAAUACUGUGGGAUUUUGAGAUGAAAACAGAGCUUUUUGUAUUGGAUUCAAUGGCGUCCGAAUACUUCCGUUUCAACGAUUGACGUCACGAGCAUACGUCAUCAUACAUAGUUUUCAACCGGAAGUUUAGCGGGAAAUUUAAAAUUGCACUUUAUAAGUUAACCCGGCCGUAUUGGCAUGUGUUGCAAUGUUAAGAUUUCAUCAUUGAUAUAUAAACUAUCAGACUGCGUGGUCGGUAGUAGUGGGUUUCAGUAGGCCUUUAAGUAAAUUAUAACUAAGGUAUUAGAAUAAAGUUGUGAUUUCUUUAGAAAAAAAGUCAUAAUAUUGGAAAAAUAAAGAGGCAUUAAGUAAAUUAUAACUAAAGUAUUAGAAUAAAGUUGUGAUUUCUUUAGAAAAAAAAGUCGUAAUCAUAGUAGAAUAAAGUUGUGUUACACAAGAAUACCGUAAUAUUACAAGAUUAAAUGCAUGUUUUUGUGAAAUUACAAGAACAAAGUGGUCCCAAGAUGAAAAAAAAGACGUAUUUUCUUCAGUAAAACUUGGUGAAUAUAUAAGGACAAAGUACAUUUUUUCCAGAAAAAGUCAUAAUCCUAUCAAUUGCGAUAUAACGGUAGUAGCAUAUGUUUGUGAAAUGUGGAUGUUUUACAAGUUUUUUUUGUUUUGUUUUGUUAGAAAAACCUAAAAGGGAACUUCACUUAUUUUUAAAAUGUUCCCUUUCCUUCACAACCUUUAUGUAAAACAAGAAAAAAUAUUUUUUUCUUCGUUUAUGCAUUGUUUAUGCAUCACAUGCAUAACGCGUUAAAUACACAUUAGCCAAAGUCAGCUAAAAAUGGAGCCAUCGGGAGUGAGUCGCUCAAUUUUGCCUAUAAAGCACUCUAAAAACCUCCAACAUUUUAUAUACAUGCUGUAAGUAUAUAUGUAAUGUAGUAACCGGCUCAUUCAUAAUAACAUGUAAUAUUGACGUAUUUUGCAUCAAAUCAUUCGCUAUUUCUUUCAACAACACUACUAAUCAUUGCAGACUUCAUGAGAGCCAACAACGAUUACUUUGGGAAAAAUUAUGACUGAGAAUGUUAUGUUUUUGAGCCUGCAUAUGCGGAGGAUGAGCUACAGGUUUUAGAAGCUUUGUGCAUAACAGAUCCAGCUUUAGUGAAACACUAAGCAUCAUGUAGCAGUAUUGCUAAGUGCUAAACAAGAAAUAAAAACUACGGACAUAAUAAAAUGAUCACUUACUGUACAAUCUCUGCUCUCACCGGGAUGCCAACUGAUGGGAUAUUUAUAUCUUGCCGUUUAGAUGAAGAAUUAAUCAUAACCCUCACACAGGUAAAAAACAAGUGAGUGUCUUUUUGUGUCUUUCUCGCCAUUACAGAGUACAAGCUAAAUGUCAAAGUUGACCAACUUCUCGGUUUAUGGCCACAACCUUUUCUCGAAUUAACUUUCAUCAGAGGCGAUUCAGCAGCCACAACUCAGUUGAAUACUGUAGCUGCAUAAGCUAGUUAGCUCACUGUGAUAAUGGCCGAGCUCAAAAUAGUUCCUUAACGUUAGCGCUUAUAAUAAUAAUAUCGCUAAUACUUUGUAAUAUUGAAAUCACGACAUGUAAAUCGAGUAUUGUUGGCAAUUUUUAAGUGUUUUUAAGAGAGCUUUAUGGGUGGAAUAGUGUACUCCCAUUAGCUGCAUUGUUAGCCACUUCUUACUUGCCGUAUUUUGCGACUUAGAAUGCAUUAAAAAAAAAAAACAUAUUUGUUUUUGUCUUACUUAGGGAUUGUGAAUUAAAUUAUGAUUUUGAUCAAUAUCGUGAAGCUAAAGUGUAACGUGACAAACGCCUCUACUGUACUCAUCUCAACUCAAUUACACAAUCAUGAUCGCAAGGAAUUACACAUUCAUUCUCACAUUAGUUCUCAUGUUACGACGUCAAAUUUGUGAGAACUUUAUUCCUGCCAAGAUACUACUUUAUCCUCAUCCUAUUAUGUAUUAUUUUUUUCCACUGUGGCCCUAAUGUUCCUUUAUUGGGUUGUUCUUGUCAUUUUAAAAGUGGCAUUUUGGGACUAAUCCACAAUUACAAUCGCAUUUAAUCCAUUAAAUUGGACUAAAUUAUUGUACACAUUCCAAAGAUUGUGUAGAGUUUCCGAGGCUGCUGUUUUUAAUAUUCGGGUAUCUGUGUUUAUUCCCUGUUGUCUUUUCUAUGGGAAAAAUAAUUUUAUACUAUCAAUGCUCAUCAGUGGCUUAUAUAGCUAUAUUUGUGAAGGAUCGUUUUUGAUACUUGUUACGGUUUUCUUAUGCAGACUGUUUACAUUAGCUAAAUGCUAUUUUUGCAAAUGGACGUAAGAAUGAAUGGUUUGUCAAUAAAGGAUAAAGAAAAGA